UUGCUCGCAUCUGAUCGGGACGACAACCCCCAACACGACCGUGACCGUGACCGCCGCCACACCCAACAAGAUUCUUCUUACGACAAACAACACCAUCACGGUCCAAGGUCAUCUGAGGACUCGUACGGUUCCGGUUCUGAAUCGUCCUGGACCGACACUGGGGAUAUUGCAGAGCAGCUCGCCGACGAAGAGGACCCCCUUCGCAUUCAGCUCGCCAGCGACAUCGAUGACGAGCUGCUAGCCGGCGUCCACAAGAGGCAUCCUUCUCAUCACAAGAACCAGAAGCCGAAACGCGUCCGCAUACAACUAGACGACCACGCCCGCCACGACAGCUCCCCCUCCCGUCGUGGAGAGAUUGAUAAGGAGGCUAUCGAGGUUCCAGACAUCGCCCAACCCCGUCCGACUCGCGCCGAGCGAGUCAUCGGCCUCAUCAUGUCGGGCGGUCACUCCAUUCACGGCCUCACGGGCAAGGCCCUGAUUUACUUCACAAGUAUUUUCGUCUCAUUAGGCGUGUUCCUCUUCGGUUACGACCAAGGUGUCAUGUCGGGAAUCAUCACCGGCACGUACUUCAAUGCCUACUUCCACCACCCCUCGAGUCUCGAGAUCGGUACCAUGGUCGCCAUUCUGGAGAUUGGCGCUCUGAUUUCGUCCCUGAUUGUGGGCAAGGUUGGAGACAUCAUUGGCCGCCGCAAAACAAUCUUCUACGGCUCCAUCGUCUUCUUCAUUGGCGGUGCCUUCCAAACAUUUGCGAACGGUAUGCCCAUGAUGAUGCUGGGUAGAAUUGUCGCCGGUCUGGGUGUCGGUGCUCUGUCCACCAUUGUGCCCGUCUACCAGUCGGAGAUUUCUCCUCCUCACAACCGCGGAAAGCUCGCCUGCAUCGAGUUCUCCGGCAACAUCAUCGGCUACGCCACCUCGGUCUGGGUCGACUACUUUUGCAGCUUCAUCCAAAGUGACAUGUCGUGGCGUGUUCCCUUGUUGAUGCAGUGCGUGAUGGGUGCCCUGCUCGGCCUCGGCAGUUUGGUCAUCGUAGAGUCUCCAAGAUGGCUUCUUGAUAAUGACCACGACGAAGAGGGCAUUGUCGUCAUUGCCAACCUCUACGGCAAGGGUGACAUCCACAACCCCAAGGCCCGCGACGAGUACCGCGAGAUCAAGAUGAACGUAUUGCUCCAGCGCCAGGAGGGCGAGCGGACGUACGCCGAGAUGUUCCGACGAUACAGCACCCGUGUCUUCAUUGCCAUGUCGGCUCAGGGGCUUGCCCAGCUCAAUGGCAUCAACGUCAUCAGCUACUAUGCUCCCAUCGUUUUCGAAUCCGCUGGCUGGGUCGGGCGCAAUGCUGUGCUCAUGGCCGGUGUCAACGGAAUCACCUACUUCCUGUCGACCAUUCCCCCCUGGUAUCUGGUCGAUAGGUGGGGCAGAAGGCCGAUCUUGCUGAGUGGUGCGGUUGUCAUGACCGUUUCCUUGUCGAUGAUUUCGUACUGGAUUUACCUCGACAUACCCUCGACGCCCAUGUUGACAGUCAUCUUUGUCAUGAUCUACAACGCGGCGUUCGGCUACUCGUGGGGCCCUAUCCCCUGGUUGUACCCCCCGGAGAUCUUGCCCCUCAGCAUUCGUUCCAAGGGUGCCAGUUUGUCGACGGCCACCAACUGGGCCUUCAACUGGCUUGUGGGAGAGAUGACGCCCAUUCUGCAGGAGAACAUCAAGUGGCGUUUGUACCUGGUGCACGCUUUCUUCUGCGCCGUCAGUUUUGUCGUUGUGUACUUCAUCUACCCCGAGACUUGUGGAGUCCGUCUGGAGGAGAUGAACUCGCUGUUCGGCGACGCGAGCACCGUCAUGGGUACCCCGUCGGUCCACGCCGCCGACGAUACCGGACCUCUCAUGCCCGGCUCGCCGGUCGGCUCCUACCGCGGCCGACCUGCCUACACGGCCCAGAGCGCGAUCCCCGGACUGGACCUCAACCCGCCCGAGAUCCCCGACGGCAAGGGUCAAGACGGCGAGGCCAGCAGCACCAUUAGCGGAUGGGUGUCGAGGGUCGUCAGUCGCACGCGGAAUCAGAGCAGCAGCGGCAGCGGCAGAUACCACCCUGUCAACCAAGACGAUUGA